AUGCUUUAUUCUUUGUCUUCUGAAACUAAGCUUGACAUUUUUAAAUGUCUCAGCUAUCAACAAUUAUUGGCAUUCAAACAAACAAAUGUUUAUCUGCGUGACUUUGUUAAUAAAUAUGAGGGGGAACUUGCUAAGGAGAAGUUUACUAUGAUUUGUCUUGGUGAUAUUGGUGGAUUCAAUGGAAUUCCUCGUAAAUUGAUUAACACAAAGGCUAAAGAUUUUGACUUUCCAAUGACCAAGGAAAUUGAAGAGAAGUUCAAAAAUGGAUUUAAAAAGCCAAUUCCUUUGUUUUUAUCUGGUCAUGGUACAGGCGAAAUUGAUAUUUUCUUGGAGAAAGGUUUAAUUUUGUUUAAAAAAUGGGUAAAAGUUUUGGUGAGGGGAAAAUUCGAUAAUAGUUAA